AUGUCCAGCGGCAUUGAAGUCAGCGGAAGCCAACGACGACCCGGCAUCUGGUCCUACUUUAGUUUCUCUGGCCCACGCCGUCGUGUCUCCGUCUCCCUGCCUCGCAACUCGGAUCCCAAUCGCGGCGUCGACGACGACGACCCUCACGCAAAAGCCGCUAGACACUCCCGCAAUCGCUCAUCCUACUCGGACGCAUUCAUGAACGAACACAAGGGCGGCGCCGUCAUGAAUCAAGGGCAGCGGCUACGCUACCUCAAGACGGGGGGUGUCAUUGCCUUUAUACUUCUCGUGUUGUACUUUAUUGCGCCCAGCGACCGCAUCCCAAGACCAGGCGCGGUAUCGAAUGCCCCUGGAGGCAACGCAGCAGCCGGUGACGCAAAGGCCGAGUGCACCAAGUCCUAUCACAAGGACAAGCCUCUGUACCAGUAUGCCCUCAUGAUCGACGCCGGCAGCACAGGCUCGCGUAUCCACGUUUACAAGUUCAACAACUGCGGCCCCAGCCCCGAGCUGGAGAAGGAGGAUUUCAAAAUGACACCUAAGAAGGAGGGAGGAUCCGGUCUGUCAGCUUACGCGGACGAUGCAGAGGCUGCUGCGCGGAGUCUUGAUGUCCUCAUGGAAGUUGCUCUCCAGAGCGUGCCCAAGGAAUACCAAUCUUGCACUCCUGUUGCUGUAAAGGCAACUGCCGGUCUCCGCAAGCUUGGUGAGCAGAAGAGCAAUGACAUUCUCGCUGCUGUGCGUCGUCAUCUCGAAAACGACUUCCCCUUCCCGGUUGUGUCUGAAGAAAAGAAGGGCGUCGAAGUCAUGCCUGGCGAGAUGGAGGGUGUAUACGCAUGGAUCACGGUCAACUAUCUUCUCGGCAAGAUUGGCGGUCCCGACAAGAACCCUACGGCGGCAGUCCUUGAUCUGGGCGGUGGUUCCACACAAAUCAUCUUCGAGCCUACGUUCCCCGACACACCCCGAGGCGGACUGCCAACGAAGCUCGCAGAGGGCGACCACAAGUACGAACUCAGCUUUGGCAACCGCAACUUUGACCUAUACCAGCACUCGUACCUUGGCUACGGUUUGAUGGAAGCCCGCAACAACCUGCACAGCACCAUUCUCGCGAGCCUCCACGACACGCACAAGGACAACCGCGAAUACCUCAAGCAGCCCAUUGUCAACCCUUGCAUACCCCCUGGCAUGUCGCGCGAGAUUGAAGUCCAUAUGCCCAAGGGCCACCCAUUGGGCGACUCGCUCACAGUCAACAUGACGGGACCCUCUACCUCUGCGCCAACUCAAUGCCGGGGUUUGGCAGAAAAGACUCUACACAAAGACGACGAAUGCGCGAUUGCGCCGUGCGCCUUCCGUGGCGUCCACCAGCCCCCCUUUGCGCAGACUUUUGCCACGGAAGCCGUGUACCUCCUCUCAUACUUUUACGACCGCACACAGGAGCUCGGCAUGCCCGAGUCGUUUACCCUCCGCGAGCUCCAGGACCUCGCGGACAAGGUGUGCAGCGGCGAAAAGGGGUGGGAUGUCUUCUCUGCUGUGCCCCAGGCCUUGGAUGAGCUCAAGGGCCGUCCCGAGUGGUGUCUCGAUCUCAACUUCCAGUUUGAGCUCCUCAGGAGUGGAUACGGUAUGCCUAUUGACCGUGAAGUCAAGAUUGCAAAGAAGAUCAAGGGAAAUGAGCUGGGUUGGUGUUUGGGUGCUAGUCUUCCGUUGCUCGAGGCCAACUCUGGAUGGCAGUGUAAGAUUAAGCAGGUACAGUAG